AUGAUGGCAACACGAAACGAAACAAAACACUUUCAAACUACAAAACAAGAAAACGACGUUGAACGAAACCUGAACAUAAACUUACAUAACUAAACAUAAACUUACGUACAGGAAACGGACGACAUCGAAACGAAACGAAACAAACAAACGCUACAGUCCCAUGUGGUACGAACGUACAUACAGACAUAGGAGACAAUCACCCACAAACAAACAGUGAGAAUGCCCUACCUAAAUAUGACUCUUAAUUAGAGGCAAACGCAAACCACCUGCCUCUAAUCAAGAGCCAUACCAGGCAAACCAAAACCAACAUAGAAACAGAUAACAUAGAAUGCCCACCCAACCUCACGUCCUGACCAACUAACACACAAAAACUAACAUAAAUAGGUCAGGAACGUGACAAAAGUCAUGUUAAACACUAUUAUUGCACACAGAGUGAGUCCAUGCAUCUUAUUAUGUGACGUGUUAAGUACAUCUUUACUUCUGAAUUAAUUUCGUCUUGCCAUAACAAAAGGUUUUAAUACUUAAUUAAUUUGUAAACAUUUCUAAAAACAUAAAUUCCACUUUGACAUAAUGGGGAUCAUGUAUGUAGAUCAGUGACACAAAAUGUCAAUUUAAUACAUUUUAAAUUCAGGCCGUAAUACAUCAGAAUGUGGAAAAAGUCAAGGGGUGUGAAUACUUUCUGAAGGCACUCUACAUAGCUACUUCAAUUACCUCGUUCCCCGCACAUCGACUCGGUACUGGUACUCUCUGUAUAUAACCAUGUUAUUUUUACUCGUUAUUGUUAUUCAUUAUUCAUUGUGUAUUUAUACCUCAUGUCACUUUUUAUUUUGUAUUUUUGUAUCUUUAACUCUGUAUUGUUCGUCUACCUAUGUUUACAGAGCAUGUGACGAGAAAAUGUGAUUUGAUUUUAAUCUAGGGUUAGGGUUGUGGUUAAAGCUAGGGUUAGGGUUGAACCAGGAUGUGGACAUGAAUCUAGGGUUAGAGUUGGGGUUGAAGCUAGGGUUAGCGUGAACUGGAAUGUGGACAUAAAGCUAGGAUUAGGGUUGUGGUUGAAUUGUGAAAAUAAUGAUUCCUCUCAGAUUAUUGGUAAUACAAAGGAAUCAGGAAGUGUUUGGGGCUUCCCCAAGCCUGACAAUGUAGAAAGGCGACUUCCUUGUGUUAGUAAUCUAUUUCACAUCAAUAAAGGGUUGUGACAUACGUCUCCUAUAAUUCAGACGGUUUGUCAGUGUCAUGAGCUACAAGGCAGGUUGAGCACCUUCUCAGAAGAUGUUGUACAUUCAGAUUCUGCGGCCUCCGCCUCUCAAUAACAGGUCGUAUCUGCAUACCAAUGGCUCUGCUGGAGAGGUCAGUUCUAAGAUGUGUGUGCAGCCAGUGAAUACUCUGAAACGGACAACCUUAUGUUAGGUCAACGCCCCAUAUCGUCUAUAUUUAAUUUAGGUCAUUUGGCAGACUCUCUUAUCCAGAGUGACAUACAGUUGGUGCAUUAAACUAAGGUAAGACGAUAUGGCCACCUAACCUAACAUUACAUUUAUAAACAUACUGUAUGUAUCUAAAUAAUGUUACAUGUCUUACUUCAAAUUCUCCUUAUUUCACAAUUCAUGACACCAAGAGGAGAGGAUGGGGAAUGGGACAAAUGUCAGCAAUGCCAUGUCUAAAUCAUACAGAUAUGCAUUGCUGUCAAUAUACACUAUUGUGCUCGUUGGAGGGACCAUCAGCAUGUCCCUCAUGAUCAACAUCAUCAAGUCCAACGUCCGCUCGGUGACCACUACAGCCGUUCUGAACCUGAUUGUGGUCCACUUCGUCUUCCUCCUGACUGUGCCCUUCCGCCUUUAUUUCUACGCGGCCGGCGAGUGGCAUCUUGGUCCCAACUUCUGCAAGGUGGUCAGUGCCAUGAUCCACGCCCACAUGUACUUAGCCUUCGUCUUCUAUGUGAUCAUUCUGGUGAUCCGCUACCUGAGUUUCUUCAGGAGGUUCAAUCAGGUGGAGUUCUACAGGAGGCUUCACGCCCUGGGGGCCAGUGCUGCUGUCUGGGGCCUCAUGCUCAUUGUGGUGGUCCCUUUGACUGCUGUGAAGUAUGGAUCAUCUACAGAUAAUAAUACAACAACCAAUGACAACCAGUGCUUCAAUUUCGGAGGGAUCUUUGACGAGAAACAUACUGUGGCUGUGCUGAAUUACAUCCUCUGUGCUCUCAUCAUCGUGGUUACAUUGGCCCUGGCCUGUUGCCAAGUGUGGAUUUUGGGCUGUGUGUACAGAACUCACAGGGCGAUGAUCUUCUCUCAACAGGAGUUUUGGGCUCAGAUCAAAAGUCUUUGCUUUAUGCUGGUCAUUAUAGUAUGCUUUGUUCCAUACAAUGUAUUCAGGAUUUACUAUGUGAGUAAUUAUAAUGUCAGUCUCCAAAUGAAGAAUGAGUUUGCCCUUGCUGUCACAACGUUCAGCUGCUUUGACAUGUUGACUUUUAUAGGGAGGGGGUCGUUCAGACCCUGUGAUACAUGUUGUGUAUCAUAAGAAUAACAUGAGAAUCUACUUUUUCUUAUGAUAGUGUGAUGUAAAGAAUGUAACAUAAUAUUAACAUGAGAAUAGGAUUAUAUUUGCACCUUAAUACCAAAUUAUAAGACUGUACAGUCUCUUUGAUAUACUUUCUUCACAGCAAACAAUAUCAGAAGUAACAUUUACUUCCGUAUAUACAGUACCUCUUUCUAGCAGUUCCCUAAGUGGGAUACGUCCUUCAGGUCAAAUCAGAAAAGACAUGAAAACAAAUAGUGGAGCUGUGUUUAAUGUUCUUGUUGUACAGUUCUGGAACAUGAUACAAAGUAUUUACAUACUCACACCACAUGGAUGGGUUUCUACAAAUUAGCUAAACUGAUUCUGAUUUAACAGUCACCUACAAUUUGGCAUACUGUAACACAUUGGCAUAACAAACAUACAGUGAAUGAUCAAAUUUUGAUAAACCAUGCAUUCUUUAUCAUCUUCUUACAACUACAUUUUCAAGUGAAUUAUAUGUUCGAUUAAAAUUUACUCUGCUUGUUCAGUGUUUCA